AUGCGUCCGCCGUCGCCGUCGCUCCCCGAAAAAGACUUCCUCCUCGCCGCCCUCGCACAGGCCCGCCGCAUCGACGGCCGCGCCCUCCUCGACAUGCGCACCCCGCUCCUCGCCUUCGGCACCGACCUCGGCAACGUCGAGUGUGCCCUGGGCAAGACCCGCGUGCUCGCACAGGUCGACGCGAAGAUGGUGCGCCCGCCCCCCGAGCGCCCCUACGAGGGCCUCGUCUCCAUCCACGCCGAGAUCUCCCCCAUGGCGGCGCCAGAAUACGAGCAAGGCCGGCCCUCGGACGAGGAGGUCGCGCUCGCGCGCAUGCUCGACAAGGUCGUCCGCCGGAGCGACACCAUCGACAAGGAGUCGCUAUGCGUCCUCGCCGGCCAGCGCGUGUGGCACCUGCGCCUGACGAUCCACUGCCUCGCCGACGCGGGCAACCUCCUCGACUGCGCGUGCCUCGCCGCCCUCGUCGCCCUCCGCCACUUCCGCCGCCCAGACGUCGAGGUCGUCGGCGACGAGGUCACCGUCCACCCGCCCACGUCGCGCGCCCCCGUCCCCCUCGCGAUGCACCACACCCCCUUCUGCCUCACAUUCGCCUACUAUCCCUCUCCCUCCCCCCCAUCCACCACCACCACCACCACCGCCCCCUCCGCCUCCUCCGCCCCAACCUGCCUCCUCGACCCCACAUCCCUCGAACAGCGCCUCGCGCACGGCACCCUCUCCCUCGCGCUCACCGCCCAACGCGAGCUCUGCGUCGUGCACAAAGCCGGCGGCCUCCCGCUCGCCGUCGCCGACGUCCUGCGCGCCGUCGACGUCGCGUGCGCGCGCGCGGCCGCGCUCGAGAGGCUCGUGGAGGCGCGCUUGGCGGAGGAUUGGGCCGCGCGCGCGGUCGAGGUGCGGUAG